AUGGCGUAUCAGAGUAUUAUGAACGUGAAUUUGAAAACGCUUCUUGUUGUGUUAGCUGUAUUUGCAGCGGUAACUGCUGAUGUAUCACAUCUUACUGGAGAUGGAUAUCAUUAUGAUCCUCCAGCAGUAAAAUUUGAUGAAGGCUCACCACCAGCCCCACCACCACCACCUCCACCGAAACCGAUAGCACCACCACCAAGACCACCACCACCACCACCACCGCCUCCAAAGCCCAACAAUGAAUAUUUACCGCCAUCCAAACCAGCUCCUCCUCCACCACCUCCACCAAAGGCUAAACCACCACCACCACCUCCACCACCACCGCCACCACCACCUCCACCACCACCACCACCACCACCAAAACCAAAUAAUGAAUAUUUACCACCAUCCAAACCGGCUCCACCUCCACCACCAGCACCAAAAGCUAAACCACCGCCACCUCCUCCACCACCACCACCACCACCACCUCCACCACCACCACCACCGCCACCACCACCGCCACCACCACCAAAACCAAAUAAUGAAUAUUUACCGCCAUCAAAACCAGCUCCUCCUCCACCACCAGCACCAAAAAUAUUAUUAACACAGGAAAAGGAAUUGGUUUACUUUACAUUAUAA